UGAAUACUGAACAUGUACGUAUUUCAAAUAAGCCGUUACUUUUUGGAUGUGUUCUGAUAGCGAUGUUGUCGUAUCCUUAUAAUUCAACUAGUGAACUGCGUCAGAAAAUGACAGGCCUUCGGCGUCAACUUAGCCAUCCUCACCUAAAUAAAUUCAAAGAAGCCAAAAAGGAACUAGCUUCUAUAUAUGAAGAUAUUUUAAGUUAUGUGUCUGAAAGUCACAAAUUUACUCGAGAACAAAGUGAAGAAGAGAGGUUUGCCAGACUUAUCGGACAAGGAGUUCAUGCUGAAGUUGAACACCAUCUCCAGAAAAUCCGUAAUAUUCAGGAAAUUAUUGCUCGUAAUCAAAUGAAGUGUGCUUUUUUCGGGAGAACAUCAAAUGGAAAGAGUACUGUUAUCAAUGCGAUGUUGGGUUCAAAAUUGUUACCUUCUGGUUUGGGUCACACCACCAGUUGUUUCCUUGAAAUCCAGGGAACGGAUCAGGACUCAGGAUAUCUUCUAAUGGCUGAUUCUGAUACCAACCCUAAAGAAACGUCAGAUAUUUCUCACCAGGCUCGUCCUAUUGAUUCCGUUGGUCAGUUAGCCCAUGCAUUAAGCAGUGUCAAACUUUCCACAGAUACACUACUAAAAAUAUUCUGGCCAAGUUCAUAUUGUAGGCUGUUACGUGAAGAUGUUGUUCUACUAGAUAGUCCAGGGAUUAAUGUUGAUCCAGAUAUGGAUAGAUGGAUUGAUCUUUACUGUUUGGAUGCGGAUGUUUUCAUUCUUGUUGCUAAUGCUGAGUCAACAUUAAUGCAAGCUGAGAAAGAUUUCUUUCAUAAAGUCAGUCAGAAGUUAUCCAAACCAAAUAUUUUUAUCAUUAAUAAUCGUUGGGAUGCUUCAGCAAACGAAAUUGAAUAUAUUAAUGAGGUACGUGAGCAACACCUGCAACGUUGUGUAGCGUUUCUUGUUGAUGAAUUAAAAGUGUGCACACGUACAGAGGCAGAGGGACAUGUUUUCUUCGUUUCAGCCCGUGAAGUUCUAGCGAUGAGAACAAAAGCGAAUUUAGGUGGCGAUCCACAUUCAGGUCCACCUGGAGCGGCUACAAGUAUUGGGUCUCCUUUGUCAGCAGUGGCCUAUAUGGCUGAGGGUUGGCAAGAUAGACUCGUGGAGUUUACAAAUUUCGAAACUGUUUUCGAGAAAAAUCUUUCAGAGUCUGCUACUCGUACAAAAUUUGCAGCUCAUUCUGAACAAGGCAAGGAUGUAGUGAAUAGAGUUCGUACAAUCAUGGAAAAUAUCUAUGAGACAACAGUUGAAGAAAAAGAUGCUGCCGUUCGUUGUCGUCGUCUUUCUCAAGCACAUCUUGAAGAGGUACGUGCCCGGUUGAUGAAGACAACUCAAGCUGUAGAUGAAAUGCUUCAUGCUAGUUUGGCACGUGUUGAAGCCCAAGUCGCUAGUGCAUUAAAUGCUGAAAUUCGACGUUUGAGUGAACUUGUCGAUAGUUAUUCGCGUCCUUUCCAUCCAGAUCCAGCUUUGAUUCACGUAUACAAGCGAGAACUAAAUACACAUGUUGAACGUGAAUUAGGCAGAAAACUUACUGAAGCUUGUUCUAGUGAUAUUCUUAAUGAAGUUGCUCGAUGUGAACAGUUAAUGAUGAAUAAACAUGCGGCAAUUGUUUCAGACGAAGCUUGUAAAAAUCGUAUACUUCAGCUAGUUGAUCCUACUGCGUUUACUCCGGAAUUCCAUCUUGAUUGUCGUAAUUUGUGUGCGAAUUUUCACGAAGAUAUUCAGUUUCGUUUUUCUCUUAGUUUGGGAACGCUGUUCCAACGGUUAUCAGCCCCACGUCGUUCGACAAAUAGUUAUCAUUGGACACAAUCUGAUGGAAUUCCUUCUAGUUUGGUUAACUCUUCCAUAUUACCCAGAUCUUCAUUGACUGUUGAUUUAUUCCCUUCUCUUAUGAGCCGAGGUGCUGUCGGUACUGUUAUUGCUUUUGGAAUUAUGUCUAAAGCUGUUGGUUGGCGAGUUCUAGCAGUGGCUUGUGGAAUAUACGGUGGUUUAUAUCUAUACGAACGACUUUCUUGGACAAAUAAAGCUAAAGAGACUGCUUUCAAACGUCAAUAUGUCGAUUUCGCUUCCCAUAAAUUACGUUUAAUUGUUGAUUUAACUAGUACAAAUGCUCGGCACCAAGCUAAAAGAGAGUUACAUCUAGCUCAUAAGAAGUUGUCCACGGAAGUGGAGAAUUUCAGUGAUACUUUAGUUGAAGAAGUGAAACAAUUGGAUAGUGAUAUAAACCGUCUGGAUUUCAUUACUACAGAAGCAAGGAAACUUAAAAAUCGUGCUAAUAACUUGGGGAAUAUUUUGAAUAAAUUUCAUGAAACAUUUAUUUUAAAUCCAUGGGAUGAAUCUAAUUAGAAGAAUUCAGUUUAUUCUUUUGGUGUUUUCUUUCCUUUCUUUUGGAAGAAGAAAUGUUCAUCUAUGUUUUAAUCCAUCCAUUGAUAACCAUCUUUGAACAAUAUAUAUAUAUAGUUCAGUUUACAAAAUGAAAAACAUGACACAAAAAAACAAAAUCUCGAAUUGAAAUAUCUUCAAAAAUCGUUCUAGUAGUAUUAUUAGUUAGUAACAGAAGCAGUAGUAUGGUAAUAAUUCAUUGGUUACAAAAUUGUAUUCCUCAAACAAUUUAAUUUCCCCAUCUAAACGAUAAUAGUUUUAUUUGGGAACUUGUAUUGUAUAUUAUGUAUGGUAUUAAUAUGUCAUUUAAUUGUCGACAUCAUCAACCACAUCCUACUUAGUCGAUAGAUGAGCGCUUAUUAUUAUUACUAUUAUUAUUAUUGGUUCAUAAAUAACUUUUUGAGGGUUAACAUAUUCAUAAUUGAAUGUAUGUACAACAUAAGAUAUAAUUCAUAUGAAUUUUUUAAAAUUGAAUAUACAUUGUUAAACAGUAUAAAUUGUUUUUUUCAUGGUUAACACUUUCAUCACCUUAUUCGUUGGUAUUAUAAGUUUAUAUUAUGUUUCAGUAGAUCAUUCAUAUUUCUGGUUUACGCAUAAUAAUUAAAUUUAUUUUGUAUUGUUUG